UUCUGUGCAUAACUCCACAUCACAGGAGCAAGUGCGUAUUCCCCCACCCUCCCCUUUCUUUUUCCUGCUUCUAAACACCUCCUUCAAGUUCGCAGUUGGGCAGGACUCCAAAGGUGCAGCAGCAGCAACAAGCUGGAGUUCAAAGUUAGCAGUAAAUUGCACAACUUCCAGCUCAUCGCUACGCUCGGUGACUAUUAACAAGCUGGAAGGCGCUCAGGCAAAAAAAUAGGGGAGAAGGGAACACCUUCGAAUUCCUUGGGGAUCGCUGAUGUUAUGCCGCUGGGAUCAUGGCUCCUUUUGGAAGGAAUUUAUUAAAAACCCGGCAUAAAAACAGAUCUCCCAGCAAGGACAUGGCAUCAAAUGAAAGAGAGAUUGUGGUUUGGGUUUGCCAGGAGGAGAAGAUUGUAUGUGGCCUGACAAAGCGCACAACUUGCUCAGAGGUGAUUCAAGCACUGCUUGAGGAGCAUCAGACAACAUUUGGAGAGAAAAAGGUCCUUUUUGGAAAACCUAGUGAUUACUGCAUUGUAGAAAAAUGGAGAGGCUCGGAGCGAGUGCUGCCUCCCUUGACAAAGAUUCUGAGACUCUGGAAGGCCUGGGGGGAAGAGCAGGCUAAUUUGCAUUUUGUAUUGGUAAAGUCAGAUGCUUUCCUCUCGUUUCCAUUGUGGAAGACAGCUGAAGCCAAGGUAGUACAAAAUGUAGAAAAGCAGUGGGACCUCAGUCCAGCAAACUACAUGAAGAUGUUGCCAAUAGACAAGCAAAAGAAAAUUGUGAGGAAGACUUUCCGGAAACUGGCCAAGCUUAAGCAGGACAGUGUUCAGCAAGAGAGAGAUAAUAUGGAGACACUGAUUCAUCUGAUCAUUUCUCAAGAUCAUACCAUUCAUCAGCAAGUCCUUAGAAUGAAGGAACUAGACAUGGAAAUUGAAAAAUGUGAAGCAAAAUUCCAUCUAGAUCGUGUGGCAAAUGAUGGAGAAAAUUAUGUGCAGGACUCGUAUUUAAUGAUCAAUACAAGUGAGACUGAGCAGCAGGGGAGUAGGCCAGAUGAUCAAAAAGAGAUGCAUGACUAUUUGAGCAAAAGUGAGGGAAUUUUACAGGUUGAAGAGAGACUGAAACACCACAAACAAUUAAUAGAGAGCCUGUGUGCUGAAAUUGAAAGAGAAGUACAUGGUAUAUGCAUGGAAAAAAACGCAGAGUCUGUUCGCACAGAAGGAGCAGCUAAUGCUGAACUGGAAAGCUCAGAUUUGGAAAGUGUAAAAUACGAGCUGGAAAAAAGUAUGAAAGAUGGUCUGAGAAUCAACUCAUACCUGAGCUGCAUUCAGAAAGAACUUACAUACAGGGACUCACUGCUUCAAAAGAAGGAAAAAGAAUAUGAACUUCUUACAGAAGAAUUUAAUUUACUACAUGUUAAGGACAACAUUGAAACUAGGCUUCAGUCAAAUGAAGAGCCAUCCAAGGGCAGUGGCGUCUCCAGUAACAGCAUUGCUGUUCCUGACUUUGUUCAUAGACUGACUAAUCUGGACAUAAACGAUACAGACUCUGACACUGGAAUCAGCUCUACACACAGUCAGGACUCUGAAAUAACUGCAGGGGACAUGGUGCUGUUGUCAACAUAGUUGAAAGCAGUUACACAUUUUUUUAAAUUUUAUUUUGGAGGAUAUUUAUAAGAAUUAGUAAACCUGUUGUCUUGAAAGUUAAGCUCUUCAAGGUAUUAAAGCUGUGGCACUGCUUUAGCAAAGUAAAGGGUGUCUAUUUAUGUCCUUAAUAGUGUACUUGUGCUAGAAUGCUAUGUGGUAGAAUGGGUUAACUGGUAAAAGAUGAAAGUUGUUGACUUUGCUACAUCAAGACAGACUGUUUCGACUUUGUAAUGUUGAUACUUGGUGAAAUGGGAGCAUUCUGACUUUCUUGGACCAAAAGUUUGGAGAUUUCGUAUUCUUCAGUCUUUGGGUCUGUUCCUGCAUCUCCCUAACUUUUUAGGAACAUAGAGACUAGAGAGACCUAGACCAAGAGCUUGAUUUUCUGCUCUGUUACAUUAGCUUUAUACAGAUGGAGUUCCUUGCUAUGAAGCUGCUGUAAAAGAUUUUAUAAUUGAGCAUUUAAUCUAUUAAAAAUAGUUUUUAUGAUAAUGUAGAACAGAAGAAAUAUAAUUGCAUUUAUGCUGUAUUUUUAAAUUUAGUUUAUACAUAAUAUCAGGAUGAUAUUUUUAAAAACUCCUAGGUCCCAUUUUAAAAGUUACCUUCCACAUAUGGGUUUUUAAUUUUGAUUCUCUUUCAGCAGCUUUUAUCUGCUUUUAAAAGCCUUAAACCCCCUACUCAUCUGUUGUUACCCUGUAGUUGCCCCAGUGAUGUUUAAGUCCACAGAGUUCCUGCCAGCAGGCAUGUCAGGACUGCUUAUGUCCUGCUUAUGCGAGACGCUGAAAUCCCAGGCUCACACCUAACCCUAGGGGCAUUUUCAGCAAGGCUUUCUCCUGCCUAUCUCACCGGUUGGAUCCAGUGUCUUAAGCCUCCUGAAGUCAUGACUACCAAAAAAAGCAUAGCAGAAGCAACAGGUAGGAACCAGACAUUUUAGUCUCUGGCUAGACAUUGUUUCCCAAUAGCUAGCUAGCAACUAUUUUCAUAUUGCAAGUAGGUUUUCAAAUCCCAUCUUGUACUGUUUUGGUGCAGGAGCCUGUAAAUCCUGCUUCCUCAGUGGGGACUUUGGGAUACAACUAAAACUGAUCCCCUUUAUAUAGUUAAUAAAAUAUUUGGCUCCAGGUAAAAUAAAAAAAAAGGAAUGCAAAACGAGAAUUUUAAAUCUAUGUGGUUAAAUCAAUUUUUUUCCUUUAAGAUAUAGUAGUUUAUCUCAAACCCUUCUCCAGCAUAUUGCUGUAAGUCCAAAACAAAGCUGUAGAAUUUUAUUGUCUCAGUUACCAAAUAAGAUUUCUAACUCUCUGCUAGAGGCUAUGCUAAUGGAGACCACGUGCAUAAUUUCUGGGUUGUCAUGUUCAUAUUUUGCAGAUCAAUCUGUUUAAUACUUUUGGUUAAAAGAAUUGAAUGGAGAAAUAAUUACAAUAUUUCUGAAUAAAGUUCAGUUCUGCAAAAUUCAAAGCAAUCAUGGAAUUGACAGCCUGCAAAGUAAGAAAAUGGACAGUACCUAGAAGGUGUAAAUGUAAAAUUCUUUCAGAUACACUGCUUUCUUUUUCUUUAAUUUUCUUCUCCUGUCUGUCAACCAUGUGUUUUCUAAAAUGGCCAAAGUGCUAGGACUGCUGAUGAGCGCAUAUUUAAUGCAGAGAAAAAAAAAAAAAGAGAAAAAGCCUUUUCUGAAAAGAAAAUUUUUGUGGUUUAUUUGUUGUGGGUUUUUUCCUAAUCCUGGCUAUUAUAAAUAGUUUCUCUUUCAGCAAAGCAUGCUAGUUGCCUUAAUAUAUUUUGUAUUGUAUUUUUUUCAAGCAAUGUUAUUUGAAUACUUCAAUAAUAAUUUGUAAUAUUUAGACUCAUCAGCUCCUGAUGGAAACAUGAUGUAUGAAAUAUAUUAUCUUUGUAAUAAUUUAUUAACGCAACUCUGCAUCUGUUGACCUCUGUGGUAUCACUCUUAAAAGUAGUUAAGCCCAGAGCUCUGAAUGCUGAGAGUAGACUAAUGUAUUCUAUGAGUUCUUAUGAGUUUAGUUACCAAUAGCUACAAUUUCUAUUGAGUAAUUUUUUUAUAUAUAUAAUUACUUAGAGGAUAGAGAAUUGAAACAGAGUAAUAUACACAGCUGUGCAGGCUAGUACAAGACCCGUGGGGCAAAAAAUUAAUUUCCACUCAUACUCUACCAGCUUUAUUUUGCCCAUAGGAACUUGUGCAGAUUCUCUCAACUGAUCUUUAUCCACACUUGGUGGCUGAUUGUACCUUCCCUGCAACUUCUAUGUCUUAAGAGUAUCACUGUAUUUUAAGAAGAAAAUAGUUAAUAUAGGUUGAGAGACAGUAUUUCUUAAAAAAAUAAAACAAUAUUGAAAAUCCA